GAACGUGGUCCGAAGCGCGAGUAAGAGCGUGAGCGCGAACGCGAGCGUGGCCGCUUACGAUCGCCUACGAAAGUCGACGAGCGUGUACGAGAGCUUGCGGCCCGCAUUCGUGCACGUUUCAGGGCCACGCGUCGCGGCCGGCUCCCGGAAAGACCGCCGACUUCGAUCUUCGUCGAGACUUUGCUUUCGCUUCGUUUUCAUCUUUCGCUCGAAUUUCGCUUCUCUCGCCAAUCACCGAUUUUAUACCACGUCUUACGUUUCGUCACCUUUCUCUUCCUCUCCCUCUCCCUCUCAGUCACUCUCUCUCUCUAUCUCUCUCUCUUCCUCCGAUAACGACAACGACGACAACGACGACAACGCGUCCCGUUUCGUCGACGUGCAUUCCUGUGUCUCAACUCUGGUUUCCAACUUGGAAAGAUUCGACGACCUCGGCCAGAUAGGUCGAUCGUUGGAUUGAUCGGUUGGUCGUGCUGUCUAUUCUCCUGUCGAUCGGUCGAUCGAUACAUGGAUGGACGGAUGGAUGGAUAGACAGAUAGGUAGGUCACGAAUGAGAACGGAAAUGGAAACCGGAACGCAAACGUCGCUCGCGUUGCUCGCGAUCGUUUAUCGCGGAACGCGGUAUUCGGUAUGAAAAUCGAUCGAAUCGCCGCGUGUCACGAAUCUCGUUUGAAAAGAACAUCAUCGCCGCUAAUAGCAUUGAAGAUCAUCGUAUCACUCGAUUCGAAGCGGAAAGAGGAGCGGGACAAAAACGAGAAGCGAAGAAAGUGAAAAACGAAGCAAAAGAAGAAGAAGAAGAAGGAGAAGAAGAAAAAACUUAGCACGCAGGAAAGAUUUCCGUUCGCGUGUUCCACGAGCAAACGAUGACUCUCGUGACAGACACGGUGUCUUAUACGUGUCAACCGGUCGGUAGACAGCCUUACGACGUUUAUCGCCAUCAUCACCUACAACUACGGCACCACCAUCAUCAUCAUCAUCACCAUCUUCAUCGUUAUUAUCACCAUCGGCAUCAUCAUCACUAUUAUCAUCAUCAUCAUCGUCGGCGACGGGGUGUAUACGCGACCACCGAUGAUCCGUCGGUCGAUUGUCUGCAAGGAUACCUGUCGUCCGAAGGAAACCUGGACGAAGAAACGAGAAGCGGAGCGAUCGAGUCAGCUGAGAACGACUCGGCAUUAGGAUCGACGAAUUCACAGCGUUAUCGGUCGGGAUUAUCACGAUACGCGGUGGACUCGGACGACGCGUCGUCGCUCGUGUCGGUGGACGCUUCGGCCGAUCUCGAGUCCGGUUCGCUCGAGGCGGAAGAAAGCAACGAGGGUAACGAAUCAAACGAACCCAACGAUUCCAACGAACCCAACGAACCCAACGAAAAGAGCAACGAGUCGAAUGAGAGCGAAUCGCACCAACAUGUGCCUCACCCUCACGCCACUCUGGAUACCGGCACCUCCGCGCACGGACCACGCCGAUGCCUGCUCUGGGCUUGCAAAGCCUGUAAAAAGAAAACCGUCACCGUCGAUCGAAGGAAAGCUGCUACUUUACGUGAAAGGAGACGCUUGAGAAAGGUGAACGAGGCAUUCGAGGUGUUGAAGAGGAGAACCAGCAACAAUCCUAACCAACGGUUACCAAAAGUGGAGAUUCUACGAAACGCGAUCGAGUACAUCGAAGGUCUGGAAGCUUUGCUGCAGAGCAACAGAUCCUCGGUAGCUCAGGAUCAUGGUUCGAUCGAGAGUACGACGGACGCAUCUUCUCCGCGAUACGUGACGGAAAGGCUGAGACAGUUCUCGGACCCUCUGGCAAGGUUUCAACCCAUCAACGGAUUCGAAGGCACGAUGGAAUCGCAGUCGUCUCAGCUGAGCGGGAGCAGCUUGGAUCGCCUCAACAUGAUCGUCCAGAGCAUCAACGGGCCGACUCGUGGUAACACCGAUACUCUUCGAUACGUUUCGCACCAAUGACACCCGACACGGAUGUAGCUUUCCACGAGACACAUCCAAGGACCGAAGAAUACUUCUCGAUUGUUCCUCGACCCACCGUUGAACGCCGUCAUCGAGUGGAUAGCAAGUUCCUAAAAUAUAUCGACGAAUGUUUGUCUUUCUUUUCUCUAAUCUUGCUUAACGAUCGUUUUCUUUCCAAAUAACUUCGACAUCGAUAUCGCCCGACGAGUAAAUUUCAAUUUUACGUACUGAAAUAUGCUCGCGCGGCAUUCGCUAAUCGUUUCUUACCAACCGCGUAAACGAAUCCAAUGAAUAUGCCGACGAGCGAGCGAGCGUAUUUUUAUUCCGCGAUUUCGGUGUGUUUCCAUUCGAUUCGAAGCGCGUCGUAUCGGUUUUGUGUCUGUGUAUAAAUAUACGUAUAUACGCGCAUACAUGCAUAUAUAUAGAUUUAUAAAUGCAAUACACCGUAAUAAAAGAUAUCGAAAUAUGUCAAACCUCGUAUCAAAAUAUGUAUCCUUGUUCGAGCCAUCUUUCUUGCUAACUUUUACAGUAUUGUCGUUGGACUUACUUAUCGACGGCGAAGCUGCAUCCGCCAUCUCGUGUCAAUAGAAAUUUUUCAGCCACUAGGUAGAAACAAAAGAACUGCUAUUCCCGCACAAGCGAGGUUAACUCAUCGGCAAAUGUUAAAUCGUAGGAAAUGUUAAAUCGUUCGAUACCGUUCGAACGUUAAAACGUAUAUACGAAUGUUCAUAUGUAUAUACCGUCUAGCCCGUAGACAUAUCCCUGCUCUCUUUUUCUUCUGUUCAGUUCUCUCGAGCUACGAUGACGAUACACGCGGUUCUUCGCUCGGGCGAAGGAGGCAGCUGGACUCAUGCGCGAUUUAUGAACGUAUCUUCGAAAACCUGCCAGUCAGCACGUCCAAAGAACCUAAUCCCGGAAACGGUGGAAAUCGGAGACUACUUUUAAGCAGAUAAACUGGAUAGCUUGUAAAAUUGAGCUAUCAACGUGUUCGUUCUCUCGCAAUAUCGGCACGUAUUCAAAACAUCCUGUAAAACGUGUCCCCUGAAAUACACAUCUGUCCUCCUUCUUUGGCAUUCCCCCUUGUUUUCCCACUGAACGCUUAAAAGAACUUAAAAGCCCAACGCCACACGCCUACAUCGUCCUUCCCUCGUAGCUGUCUCUCGAAAAAAGAUCGUCACGAUUUUUCUCCUUUUCUAUAUCUCCCUCUCCCUUCCUUAUCCUCCAUCCACACACAAAGUCGUCCUCCUUCUGUCCUUCUAUACUUUCUAGCACCACGUGUAUCGUGUAUAUUGCUUUCAAUUCGCACGUAAUAUCGGCAAAUUUGAAAAAAUUACACAUUCAUCGUAUACCUUUCCAUCAAUUACCGUUUUCGUCGAGCAAUUGUCGUCCAACGCCUAUCAACCACUCGUUAUCUCGAUUAGUCCAUUCCAGACGCUAUCGAUCUGGUUCGACUUUUAUCCGCCCAGAUAUCGUUUGUCCACUUUGUCGUUCGGAUCGAUGUUUCUUUCUUGUCAAACGACUCUUGAUUUCUCACGAAA